AUGGCCCGAAGCGAGGAGAGGAGUUGGGUGCUGGUGGAUAGCGACCGUUUCGCCGUCGCUCCUCCCGCGGCGCACACUUACGAUCCAACCCUGCGAUCUUACACGGUCGCGCGAGCUCGUUUCGACGAUUCGGCUAACGAGGUACCAAGUUUACCGAUUAAUCUCCAAGAUAUCUUUCGCUCGCUAUCUUAUCCCCCCGAGCCGAGUAACAUUCUCGCUAAUAGUCGUCCGUUUCUCUUACGCUUUCAGCUCGAUGAUAAUUACAACUACAAGCCGGUGUUCACUGAUUGCGCGAAUUACGCGCCAUCGGUGGAGGAAGAAGUGCUGAUCGGCACCUAUGUAUUUCGGGUGCACGCCGAGGACCCGGACCCGCCGGAAAAUGGAGGUACCGUCACGUACAAAUUCGUGUCUGCGCCCCACGAGAAGUUGAAAUUCGAGAUCAAUAAUAUAACCGGCGAGAUCACGACGAUCGCGUUCAUAAACAGGGAUGAGCCCUCCAGAGAGAUGGAGUUCUAUCUCACGGUGCUCGCCACCGACAACGGCAGCCCGAAACUGUACGACAUAUGCACAUUUAAGGUUACCAUCACAGACAUCAACGACAACAAGCCCGUCUUCGAUAAAUCGGAGUACACGGGAUCCGUACCGCAAAACUUGCCCGUCAAUUACGAAGUUAUGAGAAUCUCCGCCACCGACAUCGACGAUGGUGAAAAUGCCACCGUGCAUUACUUUCUGGGACCAGAGAACAUAGGUGAUGGGGAGUAUUUCGAGAUCGACAGCAGCAGCGGCGUCAUAUUCCUCAGGAGAGCUAUAGACCAAAACCCAGGUUAUAAAUUCAGAAUGGUAGCUAUGGUGAUGGACCUCGGCACGUUUUCAAUGUUCAACUACAUUCAUUUUGACAUACGGGUAGUGGAGCCGCACAAGGACAUACGGGUAGUGGAGCCGCCAGUUUUUCUAUCUAGGCUUAAAUCGUUCAAGAAUUUUAACGAUUACGACGCCAUCAUCCCUCUUAUCAUUAAUUCCGAUAAGAAUAAGAAUCCACUUCACUUCACCGAAAAAGUGUACACCCACAACAGGAUUCAAGAAAACGCAAACAUCAACACCUAUAUAACCCAUGUCGAGGUCAUUGAUUCCGACAAAUCGAGUCCUGUCAUGUACAGCAUUAUAGCAGGAAAUACUGAUGAUAGCUUUUCCAUUGAAAGAGCAACGGGAAAAAUUCGCGUGAAUAAGAGAUUGGAUUACGAGCAGAUCACCGAGUACAAUCUGAUCGUGAGAGCAUUCGAUGGCUUAUUCAGUGAUAUAGCGCAGGUGGAGAUUUUUGUCGAGAACGUAAACGACAAUCCGCCAAUCUUCGAAGAUUUUGACAAAAAUCCGACUAUAUUAGAAGAAAAAUUAGUGCCUGGUUGUAUUACCACUGUGGUGGCUUACGAUCCUGACAUCGAAGAUAGAAAUGCCGAUCAGCAUAUCGCGUACUUCAUCGUUGAGAAAGCUCAUCAACCUUUCUUCGAAAUUGACAAAACUGGCUGUAUGAAGCUGAAGAAGCCGCUGGAUUAUGACCCGCCGAAUGGCUUUACGAUAUGGACUGUCAUCGUGAUGGCGAGAGACGAAGACGGUUCGUCCACGUCACUAGGGGAAUCGGUGAUCGUAAACAUCACUCAUUGACAUAAACGAUAACGCACCAUUCCUUAAUAUGCCCAUCCUUUAGUUGGAGAAUAAUCAAUUAACUCGCAAGAUAGCCUAUCUUAUAGCGCGCGAUUACGAUUCCGGGUAUAAUAGUCUACCAUCAUUAUUCAGGUACUGGAUCGACGAUAGCGCGGACGAUGAGAUCAAAUCCAAGUUUUACAUUUCCGGGUGCAUUUUGUACGCGCGAGAGAGAUUUGAUCGAGAGAACCGAAUGAUAUACAAUAUACCUAUCGCGAUCACGGAUGGCGCUACGCCGCCCAUGACAGGUAUUUCGAACGUCACUGUGAUCAUAGGCGACAGAAAUGAUAAUCCCAUGCAAAAGGAUUCUGAUAUUGAGUUUUCUUAUCUGAAAACUCCAUAGAUAUAAAAUGUUUAACGUAGGUAAGACGUUAAUUUGUUUAUUCUUUGAUUAAUCUCCAUAUAGUUACAAUUCUGCAGAUUGUAUGUUCACGAUUGUUAGCACGACUUAUUAUUAUUCCGUUUCCAAAUGCACACAGCUCACAAGUUUCGCUCGUGUAAUCCAUAUAAUUACAAAUACGAGCAUACGUACCACAGACAUUUGAUAUGAGAUCGUGCUUUUUUCCAAGCUUUCAACAGGUCGUUUUCGAAGUUCCAACAGUGUGAAGAGAGAAACGAAGCUUCAUUGUACUUAAAAUGACACGCGUAGUCUCAUUCACCGCUAAUCGACGAACGCCAACUACUCGACGAAAAAAUUGACGAAAAAGCGUAUUUUACAAUACGCGAUUAUUUAUCGACGUGAUAUGCUGUUACAAGUGGGCUCAUUAAUAGAUAAAGUUUAAGGUUAAUCGUGAA